AUUAAAACAGUCAAUGACUACUCCCAAGUUAAAGUGAAAGUAGGAAUGGAGAAUAUUUUUGAUUUUGAGAGGAAUAAAGAAGACGACUUUUAUAAUAUUCUUGGAUGUAGUGAACAUUCUACAACUGAACAAAUCCUGACAGAAUACAAAGCAAGAGUUUUAGAUCUCCACCCAGACAAGAAUCCAGAUGACCCACAAGCAGCCCAAAAGUUUGCACGCCUUGCUCAAGCAAAAGAUAUUUUGACCGAUCCUGAGAAAAGACAAGCUUAUGACACUUGGAAUAACUCUGGAAUCACUGUGCCAUUUGAAAAGUGGCAGGCACUGCGUGAUGCAACAAAGACAACAUUACACUGGGCAUCAGUCAAACCUCAGCCUACAAUACAAUCACAGGAACACAUGACAACAACUAGUGUACAACCAUCUUCUGAUGAUGAUUUUGACUCAUCACCAUUCAAAGUAAAUGAGCCCAUCUCACAUGCUGCAGUAUAUAGCAAUCAGAAAGUCCAGUAG